AUGAAUGAAAUGGCAACGGAUAAGAUUAUAUGUUGUAAUUGCGAAAUUUCAUUGGUACCAGCAAAGUAUUUAUAUAUUCAAUGUGAUAAUUGUCAAAAGAAAGGAGUUGAUGUGAAAUUAUGCGUUUCCUGCUUUCGAAUGGGUGCAGAAUGUGGUCCUCAUAAACGUGGACAUGCGUAUACUGUUGUAGAUCGUAAAGGACCUGCAUUAUUUCAAACAAAAUCUGAUAAACAUUGGGGUUGGAAAGAAGAUUUGGAAUUGAUCAAAGCAGUACAUAAGCAUAAAUUAGGCAAUUGGGAAGAAAUUGCAUCAGAUUUGGAUACUGAUAAAACUGCCGAUGAUGCUAGGAAACGUUUUGAUCAGGUUUUCAUACGUGGUCCUUUUGGUCGAUUUGCAGCAGGUGUUAAUACAGGGCCAUAUGUCGAUAUUCACAAGGUUGAAGAAAUGAGUUCAUCACAUCCUGACUCAGAUAUAGUUGGUCAAGAACAAGCAGCAGAUAGUUCAGAUUGGCAAUAUAUUUCUGAAUUUUUUCGUAACUGGGAUCAAUCUGUAAAUUUUGACGAUCCAAACUGGUUCGACCAGUUUGAAGAACCUUUGAAGAAGUUUAAGAAUGAAUUUUGUACUCCACCUGUACGAAGCUCAACAAAAAAAAGUGAUGAGAAACAAAGUAGUUUUGAAAGAAAUGAUGGACCACAUGUUAUGACUCCACCUCAAAUUUUUCCUCCAAAUAGUUAUCCCGGUCUAAGACCACCUGGUAGGGAGCUAGUCAUCUUCCGAAAGCGUGUUCGAUGGCAGACAGAUGAAGAAGGAAAAAGAAAACGAUUACUUUCUGUGAGUGAUUUUGAUGAAAGCGAUGAUGAAGCAACAACUAACUCAGAAAGCAGUAAUUCAUGUAAUAAGGCUGAGUUAACAACACCCUGUUCAAAAAAGAAGGGCAGUAGUCAUAAUGCUCAUGUUUGUCGCAACUCAUCAGAUACUGAUGAAGGAAGUGAACCGGAACCGGCACAAAAGUAUGAAAAAAAGAAGCCAGUACUACAGUUGAAGCGCGUUGGAAGGAAGAGACGUAAAAAAGACUACAGGGAAAAAUUAUUUCUGAAGGAGACGUAUGAAGGAAAACUUCGGAUUAAAAUAAGUGAAGAUGUGAAGAAGCAGCUGCGCGAUUGUCAUCCGGAACAAUUUUAUGCAAAUGUCCCAUUAUUACCUUUCGGAACAGAAGAACGUCUAAAAUUGAAGGAUAGCGAUCUUCAGUUAUUGGGGUACAUGCCAGAAAGAGACGAUUUUGAGUGGGAAUUUAUGAAUGACGCAGAAAAAUUAAUUAGUCGUUUGAUGCUGCAACCAGGGCCUGAUGCAGAUGAAGACAGUGCUUUUGAAAGUGCUGUAAAAUUAGCGAAGGUGCAAAAAUAUAAUCGAAUCCUGAAGCAGAGAAGAGCAAAAAAAGCAGCUGUCAGAGAAUACGAACUUGUGAAUAAAUUUUUUGAUAAGAUCAAGAAGAUAGAAGAAACUCGUCGAAGUUUGACACACAGUCAGCAGCAUUCUGCUUCGGCACGCCAGUAUGAACUACUUCAUUCGUUUAUGAAGAAAACUUAUCAAGUAAUGAGACAACCGGAGUUAAGCCAGUUACUUGAUGCGAUUACAGAUUAUACGAGUUUGAAUGAAAGAAUUUUGAAUCUGGGAAAUUUUGAAGUGGAUGUAUCAAGGAUCUGA